GACGAGUCCCAGCGCGCCGCGAGCCGCGACCCGCCCGCCCUGGAAUGCGCGCUCACACGUUGCCGCUGCCGCCCUUCUGGAGCUCGCGGACCCUGCCCUCCACGCGACCCGUUCCUUGAUCGCCGUCCUCACGGCACGGCUGCGCGUCUCGAACGCGACCGGGCGUCUUCCCUUGCGCCGCCACCCCUGUGCGAGGACGACAGUCGACCGGCCUCCGUUGCCUCAAGCAACAUUACCGUCCGUGUCCAAAUAAAACCUGAAGACUCAGCUCUUCCCAAAACUACCUUCGUUGACUCUUUUUUUUCGGAACUAGUGAGUUGUGUAUCGCCUGUUACUCUCUCCCUGAAACUUCUAGCCUGUACCGUGCUCGAUUUACGUCGCUUGUGCUACGUGUGUUGCCGCGGCGUGAUUUCUCGUUGUCCCGCGACUGCGGCGGACGCUACGCUUGGAACAGUGUCCGCAGUGGGAGCUAUGCGCAGCGCCUAGCAGCGCGGCAACCGACACUGCACAGCCGUACCUGCCACGAGCAACGCGACAGCUGCCGGCCGCCGCGAUGAGGAAGGACAUGAAGAAGUCCUCCUACUACGUGUGGUUCCUGGGCGCGCAGGAGGCCAAGGGCCUGCGAGGCCCGGAGUACAUCCUGCCCGCGCUCAGCACUCUCAUCGCCCGCGAGAGGGAAGUGGAGCCCUUCAAGGUGACGCUGCAAGUGAGCCACAAGGGGCUGAAGAUCAUCCAGAACGUGCCGAAGGCGUCGGGCGGCAAGUCGGGGGCGGGCGGCGGGGGCGGUGCCGUCAAGUGGGAGACGGUGAAGCACCUGGUGCCGGCCGAGGCGGUGACGUGCGCGCUGCAGCAGGCCGACGUGGUGGCGGCCAUCCUGCUGCUGGUGAACCCGGCAACGCGCUGCCCGGUGCACGUGCACGCCUACCGCUGCGACAGCGUCGAGACGGCGAGCCUGCUGCGCGCGCAGCUGGCCGCGCUCGCGGAGCGGCCCGACACGCUGCGCCGCAUCGCCGAGCUGGAGGCGCGCCUGCGCUCGCAGGGCCUGCUGCCGCCCGCGCCCGGCGCCGCCGCCGGCGCCGCCCCCGCGCCCGGCCACGCCCACCACGGCCACGCCGGCGGCGGAUCCGACGGUCGCAGCAGCAGCACUCGCGAAUCGGACAGCUCCGGGUCGUCGGGCCAGGGCCAGGACCGCAUAGCGUCGCUGUACGACUCGCUGGCGGCGGAGCUGCGCGCCAAGCUGGGCUCCGGGGGUGGCGCCGGCGGCGGCGUCGGGGGCGGCGGCGCUCCCCGCGCCCCGCUGCUGCUGCCGCCGCGAGACUACGACACGGUACACCGCGCGCGCGGCAACAUGGCCGCCGUCGACCUGCGCCGCUCCGCCGCCGCCUCCGCCGCGACGCCGGGCAAGGACGCCACGGCCACGGGGGCGGCGUCGGCCGAUGCCGGGGGCGGCUCCUCGGGUCCCAGCAGCGGCAUCGGCUCCGACCACGCGCCCUCACCGGACCGGCAGUCCGAUCCCCGAUUCCUGGACAACGGCGACAGCUCCGACGAGGACUGGAACGACCAGCCGAGCGAGGACUCGCUGCUGGUGGCGGGCGGCUGGGACCUGUCGCUGCCGCGCGCGCGCCGCCACGCCGCC